ACCUCCACAACUAAAGAAUUUAGUAUAUGACCCAGGGUGCGAUGCAAGUUGCUUUUUAAACUCUUCGGUUCAAAGGUCAUCACUGACCUUUGCAUGUAAUCAUAAUCAUGAGAAUGGACCUUGGCACCUUCUAUAAACUGAGACUCAGAGCCCGAUAUUAACGAUGAAUGUCCCUCUAUACCUCCUGUUCUCUCUGCUGCUUCUUUCAUCUCUUUGUGCCGCGGUACAGGAGCCGAUAGUCCUUACUAAGUACGGCCUACUCUCUGGCGUCACUACCGACUACAACGGAGUGUCCAUAAGGGCAUUUCUAGGGAUACCCUUCGCCAAGCCGCCGACGGGAGAACUCCGCUUCAUGCCGCCGGUCGAGCCCGAUCCGUGGGACGGUGUUCGGGAGGCGACGUCGUUCGGGCCGGCCUGUCCACAGGAGAAGAUGUUUCUUCCCGGGUUCGUGGAACCGUUUCUGAACGAAACCCGGCAGUGGAGCGAGGACUGCUUGACGUUGAACGUGUACAUGCCGGUUAGGAACCAGAACACAACGGACCCCCUAGCCGUGAUGUUGUACAUACAUGGAGGCGGAUGGCAGCUUGGAACCGGUUCCGACAACGACGGGACACAGCUGGCCGCCGAGAACAACGUCAUCGUGGUGACCUUGAACUACAGGUUGGGCGCAUUUGGCUUCCUGGGUACAGGGGACCAGCAUGCACCGGGAAACAUGGGGCUGCUGGACCAGAGACAGGCGAUCAGCUGGGUAAAGGAGAACAUCGCCAACUUUGGCGGGGAUGUCGACAGAAUCACCAUAUUUGGGCUGUCGGCCGGUGGGAUCUCGGUCAGUCUCCACCUUCUGUCCGCCAUGAACACGGGACUGUUCCGCCGGGCCAUCACACAGAGCGGCACCGCUUUCACACCCGGGACACUCGGGACUAAGGAAUCCGCUCUUGUGGACGCUAGAAAGCUAGCCCAGGCUUUAAACUGUGACCGGGUUGACACAGAAGACCUCGUCUCGUGCCUUCAGUCUAAGACAACCCAAGACGUUCUUAGGGCCUCUUCCACCGUUCAGAGCCCUUCCCACGUCGCCUUCACCCCCAUCGUAGAUGGUACAUUCCUAACUGCGUCACCGGAAGAGAUCUUCGCGGAGGGAUCUGUAGUAGGGAAAGAAACCCGGGAAUACAUCAUCGGCGUUACCAGUAUGGAGGGUGGCAUUGUUCUCUACAACGACUUGUACCAACAAAUCGUGUCUGAAGACACCUUCCGAGAUCACUUGGAGUACGCCAUGGGUACCUACAACACCAACUUAGUACAGAUAACCCACGCGGCCAAGUUCGAGUACCUCACCAACGCCACGGGGAGUUCACGUGAUUUACAAAAGGAUUUCAUGAGGCUGUACGGUGAUUGGCUGUUCGUUGCCCCGACGACGCGAAUGGCGCGAGAGUUCGCCAACGCGGGGAACCCAACCUACAUGUACCUCUUCGAUCAGUUCCCCAGUUUUUUCAACCACCAAUGGAUCGGAGGACCCUCCCACGGAGAAGAGAAUUACUUCCUGUGGCCGUCCUCGAAGUCAGACAUAAUGACUGAAGAUGAGAAACGACUGGGGCGGCAGAUGAGGAAAAUCUGGACUGACUUCGCCAAAAAUGGUAACCCGAACUCGGCGGACCUGCCCGUGUCCUGGCCGGAGUACGAUCAACACAGCCGGCAGUACCUGGUUCUGUCCUCCACCCUGGGCACGGGCUCUGUACAGGCACACAUGCACUCUAAACAGGUGUUUUUCUGGAACUACAUGGUGUCGGCGCUAGCCCGGGUGUGUUGCAAGUGUGAGGGUCCGGUGUCAUCAGUCGGUGCAGGUCUCUCCGGCUCCGUCUGGACCACUGGGACUGUAUUAGCCGUCUGGACUCUGCUUGCAUCGUUCAGAACCGUGGUAUAAAUGUCUAAGGGCUUGGUCACAAUUGCAAAUAGAUUUACCUCCGGCUAGUUGAGUAGCCCUGGCUGUAUUUCUCUCUAUACAGCCACUUUAUGGAACAGGGAUAAUCGAUAAGAUCAUAUUUAAUUUUU